GAUUUCUUGGGUCUUUGUCUAUAAAGAGGUACAGUAAAUCGUAGAAAUCUUUCUAUGCAUUGCUCUAGAAGUGAAAGGGAAUUAUUAAUAAAACGAAACCCUUAAAAGCACUUUAAAUCGCUUUGGAUAAAAGCAUCAGCCUAAUGCAUAAUUGACAAACAUCUAAAAUAAUAAUGCCAAAUGUGAUGGUCUCUUCAAUAGGCAGGAGGAAGAACAUUUGUCAAACUCAAACACACACAGAGAUUCAUUUACCUAUCUCUCAUUUAAACAGGAAGAAAGGAAGGGUGUGGCCCUUCCUGUAACCCUGGUAGCCCAGUUUCAGAGCCUUUAACAUUUCAUUCACCUUGCUACACGAGAAAAGCACAAAAUGGAGGGGCAACUGAAUACACAAGAGUUUUGUUGUCCAAUCUGUCUGGAUUUGCUGGAAGAUCCUGUGGCAAUUCCAUGUGGGCACAGCUACUGCAUGGACUGUAUAAACAACUACUGGCCCAAAGACGAUCAGCUAAACAUCUAUGACUGUCCCCAGUGCAGACAGACGUUUAGUCCCAGACCUGUUUUGAACAGAAAUGGCAUACUGGCAGAGAUGGUGGAGAAGCUGAAGAAACCGGAGCUUCCAGAGGAUUCUCACAUUUACAGCAACUGGAUUCCAGGGGAAGUAACAUGUGAUUUCUGCAUAAGAAGAAAGCUAAAAGCUGUGAAGACUUGUUUGGUAUGUUUGGCGUCUUACUGCCAAAAUCACAUUCAGUCGCACUACAGCUCUCCUGUCCUAAAGAAACACAAACUGAUCGAAGCCUCCGUGAACUUAAAGGAGAAGAUUUGUCCUCACCAUGACAAAUAUUUGGAAAUUUAUUGUAGGACCGAUCAACAAUGCAUUUGUCUUUUGUGUGUGAUGGAUGAGCACAAAGGUCACGAUACAGUUUCAGCAGAUGCCGAGAGCGCCAGGAAACAGAAGGACCUAGGGAUGACGCGACAAAAAUACAAGCUCAAAAUCCACAGUAAAGAGAAAGAACUGCUGGAGCUUCAACAGGCUGUGGACUCCCUCAAAAGCUCGGCGCAGUCUGCAAUGCAGAACGGUGAGCAGAUCUUCAGUGAGUUGAUGCAGUCGAUUGAGAGGAGGUGGAGUAAAUUCAGAGAUCUGAUCAGAGAUCAGGAGAGAGCGGCAGAGAGCAUGCUGCAGACUCUUGAGCAGGAAAUCACUGAACUCAAGCAGAAAGAACAUGAGCUGGAGCUGCUACUCCAGUCUAAAGAUCAGAUCCAUGUUCUUCAGAACUGUUAUUCCUUUUCUUCUUUUCUACUUCCUGAUCCACCCUUCACAAUAGCCAAACUCUCUGACUUUGGGAAGACAAACGAUGCGAUAUCUGCUCUCAGGAUAAAGCUUGAAGAUCUCUUUAAAGGAGAAUGGCUCAGGAUCUAUCAAGCUGCCCGAUCAAUGAAGAUCCUCCACUGCACAGUGCCCAAAAUUAGAUCAGAGUUCCUCUACCAUUCCUGUCUACUGCAACUAAAUCCAUUAACAUCCCACAAGGACCUGAGUUUGUCUAAGGAGAACAGAGAAGUGACGGUGCAGAGCAGGGUGCAGUCCUGCCCAGACCACCCUGAGCGCUUCGAUUACUGGUGCCAGGUGCUAUGCACAGAAGGCCUGACGGGCUGCAGCUAUUGGGAGCUGGAGUGGAGAGGGAUGGGUGUAAACAUUGCCGUCGCAUACAAAAACAUUGCCAGGAAAGGGGAUAGCAGUAAAGCUCACUUCGGCUACAACGAUAAAUCCUGGAGUUUGUUUUGCUAUAGGAAGGGCUACGCUUUCUGGCACAAUGGGAUCGUCAGUAAGAUCUCUCAGCCCGGUUCGUCGAAGAUAGGCGUGUAUCUAGAUCACAGAGCGGGGAUGCUGGCCUUUUACAGCGUGGGUGAGACCAUGAGCCUACUACAUAGAGUUCAGACCACCUUUACACAGCCUCUCUAUCCUGGUUUUGAGUUUUCAUGUUAUGGAGCUUCAAUCAAGUUUUGUCAAUUGGAGUGAAGAUGAAGGACUAUUUGCUUUGAUUUUGUAAAUUAAAAGUUAAAUAAGUAAGUUUUUUUCAUAUAGACGGUUUAAUUCUGAUAACAAGCUAAAUGAAUAAGUAGAUUACUUUCGUUCAAAUCACAACUAAAGCGUAUUAAAAACUACACUGAGCUAUGUGCAAAAUUAAUGUAUACAAUAUUAACUACAGAUUGGCUGACGAAUCUCCCUUCACAUCGCGGUGAUCCAUGAUCGGUGUGUCCCCUCUUCUUUAGGAAACCAAAACAUUUGUUAUUUUCGAUGAGGUAUUUGUUCCAAAGUUCAGUUUAGCCACAAGCCAGAACAUUAAACAAACAGAGACCGGAAGUUAAGUUUCGUCCAGACGUGUAACCGCGACAACGCGCGUGCUUCCGAUAAAACCGUCUAUAUAAAUAUUCUCUCAUAAUUUGCUCACUCCCAAGCCAAAUCCCAAAUGUAUAUUACUUCUUUUCGUCAGUUAAAAACAAAUAUUAAAAUGACUUCAUGGUAUCUUCUUUUAUGGUGUUUGACAUGGUAAAGCUCCAAAAAGCACAAACAUCCAUCAUAAAAGUAAUCCAAAUGACUCUUUUGGGAAAUAUAUGUCUUCUGAAGUGAAACAAUCCAUUCCUAAGAACAAAUGAGCUGUUUUGUGCUUAUUUAGUGAUCAAUAGAGGGUAUGCAUUGACGUCACUUUUCCACGUGACCACGCCGGAACUUGCCCUGUUGAGUGGCAAACGUUCAACAAAAUGGCUGGUUUUCAUAGCAGGUGCAGCAAAAAUGCCAUUAAAACUAACUAUUAUCAGCUUAAAUUGAAUUUAGUUGGACUUGAUGGUAGAGGUGGACAAUACUUAGUUAAAUUUUCCAAGCAUUUAUGCUUUAUUAGGGUGUUUGUAUUGGGAAAAACAUUACUUCACCACAGUCUAAAGCCCAUAAUCAUACUGUGUAUUCUUUAAUAUUGCAUGUAUUUAAUACCUAAUUACAUUUAAAUUGUGUACUUUUACCUAAGUAAAAGUACGUUAAUGUACUUAAAUAUUAAAUGUAAAACAAAAACAUAUUAUUUUUGAAAUGUAAUAGAGUAGAAAUUAUGAUAAUAUCCUUUAUAAUGUAUGUUAUGUUAUCACAUGUUAUAAAAAAAACACGGAUAAAAUACAAAUACUUGAAAAAAUACUUUUAAGUAGAAAGUAAAACCUCUACUUGAUAGUGACCCUAGCAACUUGUCAGCCCACCUGUGAUCUGUGGACGUUGGAAUGAACAAUCUAUUUACUUCUCCUUUCUUCUCCGAAUUCUUGUUAAUCUGUUAAUACGGUCUAUCGCACAACAGCUUUUUUCCCAUUUCGAUGCGUUUUGCCACUCACUGGGCGUAACUGCAGUCCCUCUCGCCGACAGUGACGUCAUGUGCAACCCUCUAUACGUCAACCCGGAAGUUAUUGGGACACUGAUUCCCUCGCUAAAAAGCCCAAUAAUUUUUUUCCAUAGACUUUUAGAUUAUCACAAAAAAAUUAGUUCUGUGUUUAACAAAAGUUUAUUACACUUGAAGUGUAAAUGCAUUUAUUAGAAAUAUAAAAAGCCAAAUUUUCACUCCAGAAUAAACAUAAAUUCAUAAACGUAACGGACAAAACAUAUAAGUGUCAUAAACUUGUUAAGCUUAUUUUUGCGGUAUUCUUAAAGUCUAUGGGAAAAAAGAAUGGGCUUUUUUAGUAAGGGAACCAUAAACUUUAAAAAAAUAUGGACGUAGUGUCCUUGAUAUAACUUAUAGGUUUGUGAAGAGCUUUUUUAAAGGGGUCAUAUCGUGAAAAUGUUAGCAUUGCCACUUUGUAGGUGUGAGCAAAAACAGGUCAUUGAAAUUUGGCUUUCCUUAUGAUGUCAUAAGGAUAUCUUAUUAGAAUAAUACCGCCCCCUUAAUGUGCACUAUCCAACCACAGCACUGCCAUUUGUGCAGAGAGAAAGAAAGAGAGAAAAAAUAAUUGACAGCAAAAUUGAAUUUGAAUUGCAUCAAACCACCAUCAUUGUGAUCAGUGUUUGCACUUCAUCAGCUCAUUUGCAUUCUAAAAGACACACCCAAAACGACACAUUUUUGCUCAAACCUACAAAGUGGCAAUGCUAACAUUUUCACGAUAUGACCCCUUUAAAGCUAAUAGUAGGCGGUGCCUGCCGUCGCCGUCUUGGCAGCACGUCACUCGUGAAUAACUGAAAAUAGGUAAAGAGGCGGGACGUGGGUGAAGCUGAGGUGGCUGGUUGCUGAAACCACGCCCACCUAGCUCGACUCUAGUGACAGCAGUGUCAACCCGUCACUCAAGUGGCCACGCCCUUAAUUAUGCAGAACUUUAAGGCUUAAUAUAAUUAUUGCGGAUGAGUUACAAACAAAUUCACCCCCUCACAGUUGUCAUGAAGGGCAAAAUUAGCUAGACAGACCAAAAACACUUUUUGUACCAGGCUGUAAAUAUAAUAAUUCCUGCUGUAAAGUUGGGCAUUUUAACAUGGAGGUCUAUGGGAAUUGACUACCUUUUGGAGCCUCUAGCGGACAGUCGAUGAAUUGCAGUUUAAGUCACUUCAGUGUUGGCUUCAUCAGAGGCUCUGUCCCAAAUGGCACACUCCAGACUUAUGGACUUCCUCAGAGUCCACACUUUGAUGACAUCAUGUAGUGCAGACCUUAGGGACCCUCAACACGAGUUCACAAGGGUGCACUGGGGUCGUAUUUUGG